GCGGAUAUACACCGCUGUGUAAAAUGGCGGCGUGAGAGAGGCUUGUUCAAAACACAGAGACGUUUACCUGAGAGGCCGCUCAUCUCUCGUCGAGGUACCGCCUGCGUCACGUGGAGCCGUUUCCGAGUCACCCAGAGACAGAGGUUGGAAUUCACAUUGCGGAUCAAGAGGAGGGAUGGCGAAGAGGAUCGCUGACAAGGAGCUAACGGACCGGAACUGGGACCAGGAGGAGGAGGGAGAGGAGGCCGGGACGUUUCUAGUCGCGAGUGAAGAUGUGUUGAAGAGCCGGCCGAUCAAGAAGGCCAAACGCAGGAACACCGGAGAGGUCGAGGGCAGCGGAUCCUUUAAAGGGUUUAAAGGUUUUUCUCUGGCGACGGCGCCAAGCGGCGGCGGCAUCGCCUCCACUCCGACGGCGUUCUCUGGUUUCGGGAACGGCGCCGGCUUCGCGGGCCUCGGAGGCCUCGCCAACGGAAACAGCAUCGCUCCGGCGUUCAGAGGGUUCUCCUCUCCCUCUGCGACGGGCCCCCCCGCACCGGGUCUGUCGUUCACUGGCCCCGCCUCCUCUGACAUCACAGCCCAGCAGACCAACGGCUCGCCGCAGGCGGCCGGCAGCAGCAAGGAGUACAGCCGGCAGCUGACGGCCCUGAACUGCUCGGUGAGGGACUGGAUCACCAAGCACGUGAACGGGAACCCGCUCUGCGACCUCAACCCCAUCUUCAGGGACUACGAGCGCCACCUGGCCAGCAUCGAGCGCCAGUACGGAGCCGGCUCCUCCUCCGCCGACGAGGACAAGAAGACGACGCCCCCGGCCGCCCCUCCUGCUGCUCCUCCCUCCUCCUCCUCCACGGCGACUCCGUUCUCCUUCGGCAAAGCUCCGACAGACGACCCGUCCAAAGGCCCCGGCGUCACGUUUAACUUCGGCCAGAAGGUGGACGGCUGCGUCCUCGGCGCUCUGGGCUCCAAAGCGACGCACCCGAGCUUCUCCUUCGCCUCCGGCCAGACCUCCGUGUUCGCGUCCGUCAGCGGAACCAAGGCGGAGGAGGCGCGGCGCCCCGACGAGAACGGAGAAGAAGAGUCGGAGGAGCCGCCGAAGGCCGAGGUCAAGGAGGUGAAAGAAGACGACGCCUUUUACUCCAAGAAGUGCAAACUGUUCUACAAAAAGGACUCAGAGUUCAAAGAGAAAGGAGUCGGAACGCUUCACCUCAAACACACCGAGGACGCUAAAGUUCAGAUGAUCAUCCGCGCCGACACCAACCUGGGGAACAUCCUGCUGAACAUCCUGCUGCAGGCCUCCAUGCCGUUCUCGCGGGUCGGUAAGAACAACGUGAUGGUCGUGUGCGUCCCCAACCCGGCCGUGGACGACAAGAACCCCGGCUGUCCCGUCCCGCUGCUCAUCCGGGUGAAGACGGCCGAGGACGCCGACGAGCUGCACAGGACGCUGGAGGAGAAGAAGGGCUGAAGCCCCGAUGACGUCUCACAGGUUCCCCCACAACACGUCGUCAUACUGUGAAGUAUUUAACUCAAGAGAAGCUCCGCCCACAUUCCUCCGGUCCGGCAGCCAUCUUUAAAGUAACGACCGUGUUCGUUUCGUCGUUGGAUAUUUAUUCUGUGGGAGGAGCUUCUUAAAGUCAGCUGUUUUUUAUUCUUUUUAAUCUCCGUCAUCAGUUUUUGUUCUUUUCUGUCCUUUAUGUGACGUUUGAGAAAUAAAAUACAAAAUAAACCA